CAUAGUCUGGGGGACCAUUAUCACUUACCUCCUCGCCACCCCACGGUGUUCUCCUAUUCCCUACCCCUAUCCCUAUCUCUACUUUCUACACUAUUCAAUCUUCAUUUCUCUCUUCCUUCCAUACAAAUCCCCUUUCAACUACUCCAAAUGCUCCAGGAUAUGGGUUCUGAGGGUUCAUCUGCCGUUGUAGUUCCAAGAAACUUCAGAUUACUAGAAGAACUUGAGAGGGGAGAAAAGGGAAUAGGAGAUGGAACUGUCAGCUAUGGAAUGGAUGAUGCUGAUGAUGUUUACAUGCAGUCUUGGACUGGAACAAUAAUUGGUCCUCCAAAUACUGUACAUGAAGGGCGAAUCUACCAGUUGAAGCUGUUCUGCGGACAGGAUUAUCCUGAUAAACCACCCAGUGUAAGGUUUCAAACCAGGAUAAACAUGAGCUGUGUUAAUCAAGAAACUGGUGUGGUUGAACCGAUUCUUUUCCCCAUGCUUGCUGAUUGGAAAAGGGAGCACACAAUGGAGGAUGUAUUAUUGCAGUUGAAAAAGGAUAUGAUGUCUCCCCAAAAUCGAAAGCUAGUUCAACCUCCUGAAGCAGGCAACGAAGAUGGGCGGGUGGAUCAAAAAGGGAUUGUGCUAAGGUGUUGCAUCCUCUAAUUGUGAGUAUACCAUCGAACAUCGAGAUGUACAUAGCCUUUAACAAAUAAUCUCUUGGAACCCUUAAUAUAUAUUAUAUAACUAUAUAUAUGUAAGCAUAUGCUGCAUGUGUACUUGUACCUGUGGAUACUGAUGUGAUAUUCCAAUUCACCUUUAUCAUACACAAUGGCUUGAGAGAUUCAAUAUCAAAUUUCAAAUUCUAUUGAAUAA